UCCAAGAUGGCGGUGUGCUACAUACCGCUGUCUUUAAAGAUGUCACCCUCAGCUUUACUGGGCUUUAGGUGUGUUUUGACAACACACUAUUCCUCCAGAAAGCUGCUAAAAUCUUUGACAGACACCUACAGACGAGGUUACUCGGUGGAAGCUCAACGGGCGGCGGCGGCGGAGGAGAGCGGCGCGAGACCCGCCGGGUUCCGCGGCCCCCUGGACCACUACGGCGGGCUGAUCAGAGACGGGUCGCUGCGGGAGGAUGAGCACCAGAAAGCGGUGAUGCAGACCCUGGAUCAGCUCCACAAAACCCUGCGAGGAUACAGCAACACGCCGAUAUCCUUCUUCUCCAAGUUUUUCCCAAAACCGAAGGCUCCAAAAGGUUACUAUAUCUACGGGGAUGUUGGCACAGGCAAAACGAUGGUGAUGGACAUGUUUUAUUCAUACGUUGAGACUGAAAAGAAAAAGAGGGUUCAUUUCCACGGCUUCAUGUUGGACGUGCAUAAAAGGAUCCAUCGACUGAAACAGAGCAUGCCAAAGAGGAAAGCGGGUAAAAUGGCCAAAUCCUAUGACCCCAUUGCUCCAAUUGCAGAGGAGAUCAGUGGGGAAGCUUGUCUCCUGUGCUUUGAUGAGUUUCAGGUGACUGAUAUCGCUGAUGCCAUGAUUCUCAAGCAGCUCUUUGAGAAUCUGUUUCUGAACGGCGUUGUUGUUGUGGCCACUUCUAAUCGUCCCCCUGUAGACUUGUAUAAAAACGGUCUUCAGAGGGUCAACUUUGUGCCGUUUAUUGCUGUGUUGCAGACGUAUUGCCAAACACUCCGUCUGGAUUCUGGGAUAGAUUACCGCAGAAGGAACAGACCAUCUGCUGGAAAACUCUACUUCCUAUCCAGUGAGCCGGAUGUAGAAGCAACGCUGGACAAGAAGUUUGAUGAGCUGGCUUUUAAGCAAAAUGACAUAACGCGACCAAGAGUUCUGAAUGUUAACAACAGGAAAGUCCGUCUGAACAAAGCAUGUGGGACCAUCGCAGACUGCACGUUUGAGGAGCUCUGUGACAGACCUUUAGGGGCCAGCGACUACCUGGAGAUGUCCGGUCUGUUCGACACCAUCUUUAUACGACACAUUCCUCUGCUGACGCUGAACAAGAAAUCUCAGGCCAGGCGGCUCAUAACGCUCGUGGACGCCCUCUACGACCACAAGGUGCGGGUGGUGAUUCUUGCAGACCACCCACUGGACGAUCUGUUUGUGCACCGCGGCGACGACGGCCACCACGAGAGCCACGUUCUGAUGGACGAUCUGGGGCUGACGAGGGAUGAAGCCAGCAGUCUGGCCAUCUUCAGUGGAGAGGAGGAGAUGUUCGCCUUCCAGAGGACCGUGUCUCGCCUCACGGAGAUGCAGACAGAAGAAUAUUGGUUGGAAGGAGACCGAAGCGCUAAAUCACAGGCGUGACCGUGUUGCGCAACCUCCAUGACCUGGACUCCCCUCGGCCAAAAGCAGCGGGUGCUUCUCCUGCUCGUCGUCUCCGGCAUCGACCCAGCUGGACCUCAAAUGUUGUACAGGGAAUAUUUAUUGAACUCCUUAAGGCCUUCUUUAUUGUGACAUUGCACUUCCUGGAUCAUUUUUAAUAGUCGACGUUAUGGCGUCAUAUUGCUUUUAACACUUUGCUCAAUCUGUGGGAAAGAGCUGGACGGCUUUUGGAAAUGGAUUCCCGGAGGACUUUUAUGAAGAUUUAAAAGGACAUUUUAAUCUGGUCGCUUUUGAGAAAUAUAAUGCACAUCAAUGAGUUGUGUAUGAUUCUAAUGAGAGUCUGAAUACAGCAGAGGCGGCAGAUUGAUUCAGAGAUUUAUAGCUGUUUUAUUUCUCAUGAUUUAUGUGGACGGUGCUUGUGAAGCGUUUCUCAUGAUCCACUGAACAAUAACGUUUGACUCCAGUUAUCAGCAUUUUUCAUUUGGUGGAUAAAAAAAAGAAACCGGUACGUGUUAAUAUAUUACUUACAGUGCCCAAUAAUAUGUAUCCAUCUUCAUAAAUGAAGCAAACACCGGUUUAAGUGUUGGGAGUUGGUUGAUUAACUGUUUUCCUUUUUUUUUUUUUUUUUUUUUUUACAUGAAUCUUUUCUUUAUUAAAUACACAUCGUCUUAGAAAAACUAAAUUAAAAGUAGUGUGGGAUGUGAAAGAGAGAAACAUCUUCAAAUUCUAAUUGCUUUGCGAACAAUUAAUUAUGAAUUACAAAUGUUUUUAUAUUUUAAUGUGCAACAACAAAACAGGUCCACUGUGUCAGUGGGUGUUAACUGUGACACAAAGUACAUUUAAUUAAUUUAAUCCAACUUCUCUAUUAAAACUGAUAUAUAAAUAAAAUGUGCAGUUCACAACAAUUGCCUUUUUAUGGCAAACGUGUGGCAUUUGUCAUAUUUUAAAAGUUACAUUACUGUAUUAUUAAUGUUGCAACCAGGGCAGGCAUUGUAUGUGUGUUGGAGUAUACAGCAAACACCUCACAGUCAGAACUAAGUAACUCAGUGGAUACAUUUUUAUAAUUUUAAUUCAACAGAUGAAUAGAUGCAUAUAAAGGACGCAGUAUGUAUCCACUAUAAUUGUACUCCCAGUAAUGGGGAUAAUCCUUUGAAACAAG